CUUUAUACAAAUAUAUAACAAAAAAGGAACAAAAAGAGAAAGGACCUGUUUCCUUCCUUUACCAGUUUACCUCGGAUCCUCUCCUCCCCUAAACCCUAACCUGAACGAAAUUCCUCUUGAGACAUGGCCUCAAUGCAUUUCACAAUAUUCACUCUCUUCACAAUCUUCUUCCUUAAACUCCAUCCAUCAUCAUCUUCCAUUUAUGACGUUCUCAACUCCCAUGGACUCCCUGUUGGUCUUCUACCCAAGGGAAUUACCAAUUUUUCAAUAGAUCCUGCAUCAGGACGAUUUGAGGUACAUCUGCCCCAGUCAUGUGCCGCCCAAUUCGAAACCCAUUUACGUUAUGAUAGCACCGUCUCUGGUACCCUCAAUUAUGGUCAGAUUUCAGAAAUUUCUGGUGUUGCGGCUCAGGAACUUUUCCUUUGGUUCUCUGUUAAAGGGAUUCGUGUCGACAUUCCCAGUUCUGGCUUGAUUUAUUUUGAUGUGGGAGUUGUUUCUAAGCAGUUUUCUCUUUCCUUCUUCGAGAUCCCACGUGAUUGCACCAUUACAAAUUAUGGGUUGCCUCAAAAUCUCAUUUGGUACGACAAUCGUGGCAGAAUUGUGGAGAACCUAUCAAGGAAGUUGAUUAAAGAACGUCCGGAAAAGAGCAAGGCCAGAGCUGUAUCCUAAAUUGGAGAGAAAGAAAGCUUAGUCAAGGAUAAGAAUGUGUCGAUGAAUUACUGGUUUUUUCUCAAAGAGCAUAUCCAAGAGUCCAUUUUUUCUCCUUUGUGUGAUUGUUAUAUCUGACAUUCACAUCAUAGAGUUAGCCCAUAAAUGCUUCAGCAUACCAAGUGUCUUGGCAAUGUUGUUGAUAUGGAAGACUUCAAGGUAAUGGUAACCUGGUUCCUGCAGGUGAUGUAUGAAUACUAUAUUACUUAGUUUGUAGAUGUAUGUAUAGUUGUUACAAGUGUAUGAUUUUGUUCUAACCAUAUAUACGAUCUGGGAUAAUUUAGGUUUUGUAAAUUGAGAAAGUGAUAUGUAUGUCUGAAAAUGAAGUUGAGAUAAUUGUUGUGCUAACUCAA